GAAGAAAAAAAAAUACUGUUGGGAGAUUUUGUCAUUUUGGUUUCUCAUUUUCUCAGAUUCGAAGAAAUGGCGGCAGAGGAGGGACAAGUGAUCGGUUGCCACACGAACGAUGUGUGGACUGUGCAGCUCGACAAAGCCAAAGAAUCCAACAAGCUGAUUGUGAUCGAUUUCACUGCUUCAUGGUGUCCACCAUGCCGCAUAAUUGCUCCAAUUUUCGCCGAUUUGGCCAAGAAGUUCAUGUCAAGUGCCAUCUUCUUCAAGGUGGAUGUCGACGAACUGCAGAGUGUUGCUAAAGAGUUUGGUGUGGAGGCAAUGCCGACCUUUGUGUUCAUCAAAGACGGAAAUGUUGUGGAUAAGCUCGUCGGUGCAAGGAAGGAAGAUCUUCAGGCAACAAUUGUGAAGCAUACCGGUGUUGCCACUGCUUAAAUCGGUUUUUGAGGCAUAGUAAUAAGGUCCAGUUAGUAUUCUGGAGUCUCGCUAAUCGAUAAUGGUGGAUAUUGUAGAUGGAGAUGAAUAAUGUAGAUGUUAAGUGAUCUCUGACUGUUUCUUCUAUUCUGCACCAUGAUAUACAUAAGACCAUCCUGUUACUAUUUUGUCAUUGGCUUUUGCUUUAAUGUGAUAUGUUAGAUGUUCUACCUUCA